AUGCAGCGUGGCGGCGGCGGCGGCACGGGUAUGCUCGGCACGAUGGCCUCCGUCGCUGCCGGGUCCGUCAUUGGCCACGGUAUUUCACACAUGAUGUUUAACCGCGAUGAGCCGCCUGCGCAGCCCGCGCAGGCGCAGGAGGUGGCACGGCAGGUCGGUGAAGGCGCUUGCGCUCCGCAGAUCAAGUCGUACGCCAAGUGCCUCGAGGCAAAUGAGGGCAAACCUGAAAACUGCAAGUGGGCCUGGGACUAUUUCAUGCAGUGCCAGGAGCAACAGCCGCAGCAAGAGUAA